AUGUCACAGUGGAUUUGGACACUGGAUGAUGUGAAGAAUACACCGUCGAUUCGUGCAGGAUUCACAAAAGAGCAGGAGACGAAUUAUCGACGAGAAGGCUGUAAAAUUAUUUCUGAAGUUGGUUCGCAGUUAAAACUAAAAGGAAACCCGACGAUUGCCACAGCAUCGAUUUAUUUCCAUCGAUUCUACAUGAUCAAACCAUUCCAAGAGUUUCCCCGCGAAAUCACAGCACUCGGAUGCCUUUUUCUAGCGGGAAAAGUCGAGGAGACUCCGAAGAAAUGCAAAGAUUUGUGUACAAAUGCGGUCUCAAGAUUCCCCGAUAUUUACGCAAAAUGCCAUAAUUUAUCUGAAGACAUCAUGGGAAUGGAGCGCGUUUUGUUGCACAUUUUGAAGUUUGAUUUACAAGUCGAUUUGCCGUAUGACGCACUUUUGGAAUAUGGCGAAAUGUUUCCAGCGAUUUCCAAGGAAAAUAUGAAAGAAGUCACGCAGAUAGCAUGGACUUUUAUCAAUGAUAGUUAUUAUACGACGCUUUGUGUUACAACAGAUCCACAGGUGAGGAAUUUAUUGAUUUUUUGGGGGGGGGGGGUGACUGUUUCCAUGGAAAUAUUAUAAUAGGGCUGAUUCACGAACGAAAAAAUGUUCAAAAAUGUUUUUUUAACAUCGAAAGAUCAAUUCACGAAAAGUCAAAAAGUGUCGAAAAAACAUUUCGAGUUUUCAGCCAAAAAUGAUGACAAAUCAAUUUUUUUUCAAGCUUCUGGAGUAAUUUCUGAUCAAAAUAAGAUUCGAGUCUCGAAUUUCGAGAACCCUAUUUUGAUUUAUUUUGUAUUUUUUUGAAAAUCAAAAUUUAAAAUUUUUUUAUUUUACGAAAAAUCAGCAAAACCUUGGAAUUCACUUUUCAGAAGGUUUUGCUGAUUUUUCGUAAAAUAAAAUUUUUCAAAUUUUUAUGAAUUUCAAAAAAAAAUUAACAAAAUUAGCUAAAAUAGGGUUCUCGAAGUUUAUUUUCAUCAGAAAUCACUCCAGAAACUUGAAAAAUAUUGAUUUGUCAUCAUUUUUGACUGAAAAACUCGGAAAACUAAAUUUGACCUACGACUUUUCGUGAAUUAAUCUAAAUGUUAAAAAAAAGCAUUUUUGAACAUUUUUUCGUUCGUGAAUCAUCCCUAAUUUCAAAAUUAUCCCAACGUGUUUUUUUUCUGCAGAUGAUAGCCAUCGCCUUACUCCACCUCGCCUUCACAGUAAAAUCAAUAACCCCAGUCGAACCGGGCGGCGAUCCCUGCUGGUGGUCCAAAGAUAUCUCGAAUUGGCCCUCUGAGUCCGUCGACAAAGCGUGUCAUUUGGUGUUGGAUUUCUACGCGGCCACCAAAAAUUCGCCAGUUUUACAGAAUGGUCGAUUGUGUAGAUAA